UCAGACACGCCACCCACCACAAAACCAUUUCUGUUCUCCUUGACUAUCUUCUUUUACAGCAAGCCAUGGCUCUUUCAUUCCCAGUAUCAAAGCCUAUUUCUUUUCAUGUCAGAUGCUCUUCUCCCCUAGAUUCCUCCCUCUCUUCUUCACCUUUUAAGGCUCUCAAACUCCCCCUUUUUUGGCCAUGGCAAAAGGUAAAGCUGGGACCUUUAAGCGUAUCUCCCAUGGGGUUUGGGACUUGGGCGUGGGGAAACCAGCUUCUUUGGGGGUAUGACGAAUCCAUGGAUACUCAGCUCCAGCAGACUUUCAAUUUUGCUGUUCAGAAUGGGAUCAACCUCUUUGAUACUGCUGAUUCUUAUGGCACCGGAAAGUUGAAUGGCCAAAGUGAAAAGCUUCUUGGCAAGUUCAUCCGUCAAUUUCAAGGUAAAAAGCAAGUCCAAAAUGACAUUGUGAUUGCUACGAAGUUUGCAGCAUACCCAUGGCGCCUGACACCAGGGCAAUUUGUAAAUGCUUGCCAGUCUUCUCUAGACAGGAUGCAAAUCGAGCAAAUUGGGAUCGGGCAGUUGCACUGGUCUACUGCAAACUAUGCGCCUCUGCAGGAGAAAGCUCUCUGGGAUGGUUUAGUGGCAAUGUAUGAGAAGGGAUUAGUUCGUGCAGUUGGGGUGAGCAAUUACGGGCCAAAGCAGCUACUGAAAAUACACGAUUAUCUUCAAUCCCGUGGAGUUCCUCUGUCAUCAGCUCAGGUGCAAUUCUCAUUGCUUAGUAUGGGAAGUGAUCAAAUGGAGAUCAAAGAUAUAUGUGAUUCCCUGGGUAUACGCUUGAUUGCAUACAGUCCCCUCGGUCUUGGUAUGCUUACAGGGAAAUAUGGCCCUUCCGAUCUUCCAAAAGGGCCAAGGGGUUUGCUGUUCGGUCAAAUUCUACCCGGACUGAGACCAUUGCUGGACUCACUAAGAGAUAUAGCCCAGAGAAGGCGCAAAACUAUACCUCAGGUAGCUAUUAACUGGUGUAUCUGCAAAGGUACCAUUCCUAUACCCGGAGUUAAGUCACUAAAACAAGCCGAAGAAAAUGUGGGUGCCCUCGGCUGGCAACUAUCUGCAGAUGAAGUGGUGGAGUUGGAAAAUGCAGCUCUUGAAUCCCCUCGAAAGAUGAUUCAAAACGUAUUUCAAACGAGAUGAUGCACAGAAACUCUUAAACAUGUCCAUAAAUCGUUUCAAGAUAAACGUGUCCCACCGAAAAAGAAAUUCCCUUGUUCUAGGGCCCCACAUCCCGACCCUAACAGGAUAGUGAAAGGAGUGAAAGGGUAAAAUCAUACUGACUCCAAUGUGGGUGCCCAUUAGACGAGAGAACAAGUGUCUGGUGCCAACCACUUUUUUUUUUUUUUUUUUUUUUUUUUUCCUUUUCCCAUUGUUCUUUUAACAUUCUUGCUGCUCCAAUAAUGUCUGCCAGCACUUUAUUUC